CCACAGCGGAUUCACAGCCGUGAAAGUGGCGGAGGCGGACAUUGUUGUGGUAACAGUCCAGCUCCAGAGGAUGAGCUGAGAUGAUGCACUUAUUCUGAGCGGAUAACGGCGGAGAUUGGACGGUGGUUUGUUUAGUUUUUUUUUUUUUUUAUCUAAAGAAUGAACCAUUUGUAAACAAGCUGCUGCAGCACACGGACUGUUCAGCCACUGGAGGACUGAGUUCAUUCAGCCGAGGCGAGCGGAGCGCGGUCUGAUGAGACGAUGCCAGCGACGUAAAAAUCACAACAUCUGCAGGGUGUGCGUUCGAGGCUGCUGGGUUAAGCCUCCGUGGACUGACCGGGCCUUUGUACAUUCGUGCGGUACAGAAACCCCAACGGGAAGGCCUUCAAAAUACUGUGAGAAGAGGUGAAAUAAGGACAGUUAUAUUCCUGGAGGCCUUUGGAGAACACAGCCUGCUGCUGCUGCUGCUGCUGCUGCUGCUGCUGCUGAGAGGAUGACAGAUUGACAUUAAUGGGGGUUUGCAGUGCAUUUUCAUACACGACCUCAUUAAGGCAUUAUCCACGGAGAACAGACAGCACAAAAUAGGUCUGAAGUCACAGCACAGAGAAGAAGCAAAUCUGAAUAACAGAUAUCACAUGCUUCUGCCUUGAUCUGGCCUCCGGUGGUGUAAUAAUUUCAUCCAUCUGGAAAACACUGGAUGAGGAUGAAGAUGAGGAUGUGAUGACUCUUCCUGAGCGCUGAACCAUCUAUCCAGGCUACAUCUCAUCGCUUAUAAUAGAUUCUCAGGGAGCAGGUGAGAGUACGUUUUUAAUCACAAAAUGAGCAGUGAAGGUGAGAUGUUAAAUAGAGAACUGUCAAAGAUGUCUGACGAGGACCUGCUGGCGUGCUCCAAAGAGGAGCUGGUGAGCCGGCUGCGCAAAGAGGAGUCAGACAAGAUUUCAGCUCUCAUCCAGCGCGGACGCCUGAUAAAAGAGGUAAAUAAACAGCUGCAGGGACACCUCCUAGAAAUCAGGGAACUGAAAGUCAUUAAUCAGCGCUUGCAGGAGGAAAACGCAGAGCUGAGAGACCUGUGCUGCUUCCUCGACGACGACCGGCUCAAAGUGAAGAAGCUGGCCCGGGAAUGGCAGCUGUUUGGGCAUCACGCUGCCAAAGUGAUGCGGGAGGACCUGGGCGGAUACUUGAAGAAACUCGCCGACCUGGAGCGCAUGCAGGACGGACUGGUGAAGGAGAAUUUGGACCUAAAGGAGCUGUGCCUGGUACUGGAGGAGGAGUGCGUCAGUAGGAGCGACUCCAGCCCCGGAGGCUCAACCGAGCUAAACCUGCCCUGCAUGGUGGCCCGAGACCUGGGAGAUGGAAGCUCAAGCACAGGCAGCGUGGGAAGUCCAGACCAGCUCCACCUGGUGUGUUCACCCGAUGACUGAUGGCAGCGUGAUGUCAGCAGCCACCGCUCCUCCAGCCUCAACAAGGAAACUGUAAACUAGGACUGAUGUGAUGGAGAAACAUGUGUGUUGUCAGGCAGUAAAUCAGAUCGGUGCAGAAGCAUUAGGGCUCUCUAAAUGCUGCACUAUUUAUGUGCCACUAGGUUUUGAACUGACUGAAGACUCUGCCAUUUACAGAGAUUUUCAUGACUUUCACAGACAUUUAGACGUUUGCCAGAUGAUAAUGUAUCUAAAUUUUACAGUGUUUUCUAAUGACUUGUUCUUGUUUUUUGGGAAAUCCUCCUUUUUCAGUGGUGUGUUGUUGGAAAAAAAAAUGGGACCAAAAAGUGGGUCACACAUAAAUUUAUCUCAUGCACUGGACUAGCCUACACUGGUAGAAGCCUUUUUUCUAUUGCACUGGAUGACAUUAUCAUGGAUCUUUAAAUCAUUGAUCUAAAGAUUCAAUUCAAUCCAGUAUUGAGCCAUAUCUAGUCCACUGAAUUCCAAUAGCACUGAAAUAGAUUAGUUGUUAUAAAAAAAGAAAAUAUUUGAUAUUUGCUUUUGCUAGAUGCCCAAUAAUGUGUAAUAUUUUAUGCACUCGCUUCCUCAGGGCGGGAUUGGAGUGCCAUAUGUGCAUGAUGAUUGUCACAAUUUGUACAGGCCUGUUGCAGUCUGAGUAAAGCCCUUCAGGUUUACUGUUGGCGGGGGCUGUUGUGCAUACUGUACAUGUGCUAAAGCCUGGGCAGAGCCAGCACACUUGUUAAGGUUUGGAUCAGAUGUGACAGAUGUCUUUGGACCUCACUCAGAGUUGAACUGAACAUGCCUAUACAUGUUCUACCAAUCACUUUUUUAAUCUAACUGGAAAUCCUUUGUAUCAAAUAACUGGAAGGUCUACAAAUUUUACUAAUUUCUAUUCAUGGGCCAGAAAGCCAAGCUGGUAAAAUUCACUUGUAUUACAUUUUUUUUUAUUAUGUUGUUGUUGUUGAUGUUCAAUUAGCAUAUCACAGAGUUUGGUUUAGUUGGCGACAGUCAACUUUUUCUUCUGUAACUCAUGCUUUGUAUUUACCCUGUAAUAUUAGGGCUAAUCUUAACUUUGACCCUUCUUUAUCUUGAUUUAUCUGUAUUAGCAUUACUAACCGAUUUCAGUUUAAAUCAUAGAUAAUGCACAUGGAUUAGAAAAGAUUUAUUUUGUUGUUAGCCGUUUAUUGGUGGGCUAUGCUCAUAGUGCAUUGAAGAGCUUUAAAUACAGUCGGUAUGACACUU